AUGAGUCCUGCCGCUGAGAUCAGUGAAGCUACAUCCCAACAGAGGAAGGCCGAAAACGGUAUUCCAAAUGGGGCGAACAGGAGCUUGAAGGCCGAUAAACAAUCGACGUCGUAUUCUCGGAAGGGCAAACAAAAUGGAGCGGAUUCACUGGUGGAACUGUUCAAUCAUGAGAGUGACCGAGACGCAACGAAUGGAGAUGGUGGCACAAAAUGGCAACUGGGACAUGAUCAGACCUCCAAACGUCAACUCGCCAAUGGAAACAAUGGUGACCAAAAAACAACCGAUUUGGGGUCGCCGGACCAGGGACUUGGUAUUCUAGUCGAGCAUUCGUCACACGGAGGAGAUGGUCGUGGCCGAUUGUCGGUUGUGGAUAUCUACGAAGGCCCCAAAGUCAAAGCUGCUUUGGCUGAUUUGUCUGUCGAUAUGUCCCGUCGACUCUCGGAAGAUAAAGAGAAGAUCGUGAGGUUAUCUCCUGAGAAGAUCCAGGAACUCACAUCCUCGCCAGAGUCUAUACCGUAUCGUCCUGCGGGAACAGAGACGACCGCCGGAAAACGAGUAUUGUCGGAAAACGGGAAUGUCCCGUUCACUCGGCGGGACAUACCUGAGUUUGUACUCCAGUCAAUCGAUGACAAGCCUUUGCCCGCUGAGGCUUUGCCAAAACUACGGACCACCAAAGAAGCGUUGCUGGGAGAUGUCUCUGCACCAGCAAGUCCCGGCUUCCCUCGAAAUACCCAGAGCGCCCCUAUCCGUAAUCGACCGCAUGCCUCACGAACCGUUUCUACCCCCAGCUCAACGCGGCGCCAACUGCCGUUCACCCCAAAUAAUGAUCGCCUGAACCAGACAUGGGCAUCGCGCCCACGACAAGACCGACCCGCGCCGGAACGCGAGUUGAAGAGCCACCUUAUUGCAUCCCCUCACAUAAUUGAAUCACCUGUGUCCCCACCUUUGCCAUCAUCAAUUCCCUUGCCCCCAGUCUCCUUGCCAACGUAUCUUCAACUUGAACUUGCGUCUGGUCGACCUUCACCACUAUACAUCCACCGCGACGCUGCCAACGACUUCCCAUAUGAAUCAUCACGAGUGAAAAUAGAGAGGCUCAUGAACUUCCUUAUGCUUGCACCUAUGCUAGAGCAGGUGCUCUGCUUCGGAAGUCUUGCUUGCCUUGAUGCUUGGCUAUAUUCUUUCACGAUAAUGCCGCUCCGAUUCAUCAAAGCCGUCUAUAUCUUAAGCGAGUCAUGGGUCAUGAACCUGGGAGCUGAGAUCCGCUUCAUUUGGAAAUUUGUUCUGAAUGGAAUUGGUCGAGUAUGGCGCAGAAGGAAUGAUAAUGCCAAGGAGGAACAGCGUGGAAGACGCGAAAGCGAAUCCGACGCCACCCAGCGCCCGGGCCCUUCUGCGGGACCACAUAUAGGGCUUGCAGAUAAGGACUCUAGACAACCACAGCCGGAUGUGCUUAGAAGGAAACAUCGAUCUUCCGAAUCACGCAAGCAUCAUCACCGACGGAGGAAGUCGAUGCCUUCAGCACUCCUCCCAGACGACAAAGCGGACAUCCUUACGGGCUUGCUUAUGAUAGCGACCUGCUGUGUUUUGAUGUACUUUGAUGCCAGUCGGAUGUAUCAUUGGAUUCGUGGCCAGGCCGCUAUCAAGCUGUACGUUAUUUACAAUGUGCUAGAAGUCAGCGACAGGCUUUUGGCUGCCAUAGGUCAAGAUGUUCUCGAAUGUCUUUUCUCAAGAGAGGCGCUUGAGCGCCGUCCUGAUGGUCGAAGCAAGAUUAUUCGUCCAUUUUGGUUGUUCCUGGUGGCACUGGUGUACACAGUAUCCCAUGCGACCUCUCUAUUCUACCAGGUCAUGACUUUGAACGUGGCAGUGAACUCAUACUCCAAUGCAUUGAUUACUCUACUACUAUCGAACCAAUUUGUGGAGAUCAAAUCUACCGUCUUCCGCAAGUUUGAGAAGGAAAACCUCUUCCAGCUGACCUGUGCGGAUGUCGUGGAACGGUUCCAGCUCUGGCUGAUGCUCACCAUCAUCGCUUCACGUAACAUCGUGGAGACAGGCGCUUUCAAUUUUAUCGGCAACUUCGGGCUAGGAUCUACCAUGCCAGGCCAAUCCUCCACAAGCACCAACAGCACGCCACUGUCAACGCCUCCACGCACUGCAUCGUCCAUUCUACCCCAGGCAUUUACACUCUUCCCAUCCUCCAUCCUAUCCUCCCUAAACAGCGUCAAUUCCUUCAUUCCAACUUUAGCCCAAGUCCUAGGCCCGUUCCUAGUUGUACUGGGCUCUGAGAUGCUAGUAGACUGGCUCAAGCACGCCUACAUCAACAAAUUCAACAACAACCGACCAGCAAUCUACGGCCGUUUCCUCGACGUCCUAGCCAAGGACUACUACACGAACGCCUUUGGCGAACAAAACCUCACCCGUCGCAUCGGCCUCCCAGUCAUCCCCCUCUCCUGCCUCUUCUUCCGAGUCUCCGUCCAAACAUACCAAAUGUUCCUAGCGGCCGUGGUCCCCCAUCACCCCUCCUCAACAGCAAUGGAAGCAACCUCCCUCACCUCAAUCCACAGCCACUACGCCCCCUCCCCAAUUCCCUCCGCUCCACCCCUAACAUUCGCAACCCUCCUCCCCGCCUCAGCGGCCCACGUCAGCGCCUUCUUCCGCACUCUCCUAGAAAACGCCAUCCCAUCGCCCGCCCAGUCCGUCCAUAUUUUCACGGCCAUCUUCAUGCUCACCGGCUUCGUGGUACUCCUAAUCCUCAAACUCCUGUUAGGCAUGGUGCUGCUCGCCUUCGCGCGCUCCCGGUACAGGAAGAUGAAAGGUCUAGAGAGCGAGCGUAGACAGUCCUCGCACCACGGUACCGAGAGCGGUGUUCCCCUUGCGCGCGAAUUUAAUGUCGAGGGCAGCCAGCGUGUUGGCGGGUGGGGUGUCGUGGAAGUCGGGGAUGAGAAGAGACGGUUGAUCUAUGCGGAUGAUCCGGAUGGAUUGCGACGGCUGAAGGAGAAGGAGGAGAAGGAGAAGGAGAAGAACAAGGAUGCGGAAUUCACUGUUGAUCAUGUACAGCGGUAUGAGAUGAUUGCCAAGAAGAUUUGGUGA